GACCCCGCUCUGCCGGGCCAUUGGCGUGCAGGCGCUCCCUACUGCAGCCCUGCGCUUCACCUGAACUUCACCCAACUUCCCGUGUACGUCCAGCCACGCCGCUCCUAACCGCGGGGUGCCCGUUCGGGUGAGGAGGAGAAGGAGGACGAGGAGGAGGAGGAAGAUCCGCGGGGAAAGCGCUCCGCUCCCCAGCUCCAGCUCCUCGCGGGCACACGGUCCCGGAGCAGCGCUCGCCAGCCGGUGGUGCCGCCGCACGGGGGGAGCACCCUCCGCGGUCCCCGCCACCCGCCCGCCCCGCCGUAGAUCCCCGUUAUCCGCUUGUUAAAUCUGCAGUGACGCAGGGCGAGGGGCGCUGACCCCCCCCCACCCCAAAUCACCCCGCUCGGGGCCGCCCCGUCGCGGCUCCCCCCAGCUCCCAGCCGUCGGCGCUCCCGGCAGCGCCUCCCUCGGGAGCCGAACUCCGCGGGCCCUGUCUCUUUAACGGCGCGGCUUGUGGCGGUGCGCGGAGCGGAUCGCGUCCUGUCACCGGGUCGCGGAGGAGGAGUUUGUUAAUGUUCAGUUUGCUCGGUGGAUCGAUGUUUGCUGGCAUCGCCUCGCCCUGCCUGUGUAUGUGUGUGUGUGCGGGUGUGCGUGUGUGUGUGUGUGCGUGUGUGUGCCUGUGCAGUGUGUGUGUGCGUGUGAACAGCAGAUUUCCUCCCAUCCAAAGCCUCCCUGUCCUCUCCCAUAUCACUCACCGCCUGGCAUCUGACAGCACGGAACCUGCAGCGCUCCGCGCACACGCACACACACACACACACACCCGGGCACCGCUCCGCCAUACAGCUCUGCGAGGAGGAGGAGAGGAGAGGAAAGGGAGGAAGCAGCCAGCCCCACAGUCUUUCCAGAGCUGCCUUUUUUAAUAUAUACGUAUCUAUUUUGUUAUUUAUUUAUUGCCAUCCUCUGGCACUGUGGGCGCCUUUCAUUUGCUCCUGAGCUUGGAUGUUUGAAUCAAAGCAAAGCAAGUGUUGCAACAGUUAAAAAAAAAAAAAAAAAAGAAAAGAAAAAAGCCAACCAAAAAAAAAAAAAAGCGAGAGAGAAAGAAAGAAACCUAGAUCUCUAAAAUAAAAUAAAAACCAAACAGGUUCCUAUCAGUGAAGUGGGAAGGAGGGGGGCAGGGGAGGCUUGAGGGGGUGCCGAGGGAAGCGGCUGAGGCAGAGGAACACGGCUCAGGAGCGUCUCAGGGCUCUCGGAUCUGGGGACAGAAGUGAGAUUGGAGAAAGUAGAGCGAUGCCAAGGAGGAAACAGCAAGCACCCAAACGGGCUGCAGGUUAUGUCCAAGAGGAAGAUUUAAAGGAAGAGGAAGAUAUAAAGGAGGAGGAAGAAGAUGAUGAUGACAACAAUUCCACUGCUCAACUCCAGGGCAGCAAUGACACUUGCACGGAUGAGGAACAUGAAGCUGGUCCUGAGCAGAAAGGGAACUUCAGUUACCAGAAUUCCCCUGUCAGUCAUAUAUCUAACCAGGAUGCUGAAAACGAAUCACUACUAAGUGAUGGUAGUGACCAUGUGGCAGAUAUUAAAAGCAUUUGCUCUAGAGAGCCACAGGACCCCAAACCCAGCAGCCAUCCCAAAGCCCAGAAUGAAGCACACAAUUGCAUGGAUAAAAUGACAGCGGUCUAUGCCAACAUACUGUCAGAUUCUUAUUGGACAGGCUUAGGGCUGGGUUUCAAAUUGUCUAACUCUGAAAAGAGGAGUUGUGACAACAGAAAUGGAGGGAACAAAGCUGAUUUUGAUUGGCACCAAGAUGCACUGUCCAAAAGCUUACAGCAGAAUUUACCUUCCAGACCUGUCUCGAAACCCAACCUGUUCAGCUCAGUCCAGCUCUACAGGCAGAGCAGCAAAAUGUGUGGAACUGUGUUCACGGGUGCCAGCCGGUUUCGGUGCCGGCAGUGCAGUGCUGCCUACGACACACUGGUAGAACUAACAGUUCAUAUGAAUGAGACAGGUCACUACCAAGAUGACAACCAUAAAAAGGACAAGCACAGACCUACCAGCUAUUCAAAGCCCCGGAAAAGGGCUUUCCAGGACAUGGACAAGGAAGAUGCACAAAAAGUUCUGAAAUGUAUGUUCUGUGGUGACUCUUUCGAUUCCCUUCAAGACCUGAGUGUUCAUAUGAUAAAAACAAAACAUUACCAAAAAGUGCCUUUGAAGGAGCCGGUACCAACCAUUUCUUCAAAACUGGUCACUCCAGCAAAGAAACGUGUGUUUGAUGUUAACAGGCCUUGUUCCCCCGAUUCCACAACGGGGUCUUUCUCAGAUACUUUUUCUCCUCAGAAGAAUGCGAACCUGCAGUUAUCAUCUAACAACCGCUAUGGCUACCAGAAUGGUGCCAGCUACACAUGGCAGUUCGAGGCCUGCAAAUCCCAGAUUUUGAAGUGUAUGGAAUGUGGAAGUUCCCAUGAUACCUUGCAGCAGCUCACAACCCACAUGAUGGUCACUGGCCAUUUUUUGAAAGUCACAAGUUCAGCUUCAAAGAAAGGAAAGCAACUUGUUCUGGAUCCUUUAGCUGUGGAAAAAAUGCAAUCACUGUCUGAAGCACCUGCCAGUGACAGCCCAGUUUCAAAAUCAACCAGUAAAUCACCUGCAGAAUGCAUAGCUCCCACCUCUGAACUAAGAAAAGAAAGUAAAAAAGAUAAAGCUGAUGAUGCAAACAAAGAUGAGAAAGCGGUAAAAACUGAGGAGUAUGAAGACACUCUUCAGAAACCCCUGGAUCCCACAAUGAAAUACCAGUACCUCAGAGAAGAAGAUUUAGAAGAUGGUUCAAAGGGUGGUGGGGACAUUUUAAAGUCCUUGGAGAACACUGUCACAACAGCCAUCAAUAAAGCUCAGAAUGGAGCUCCUAGCUGGAGUGCAUAUCCCAGCAUCCAUGCAGCUUAUCAGCUCUCAGAAGGAGCUAAGCCAUCUUUGCCUGUGGGUUCCCAAGUAUUGCAAAUCAGACCAACUAUCACCAAUAAACUGAGGCCCAUAGCUCCAAAGUGGAAGGUCAUGCCUCUGGUCCCUAUCUCAGCAAAUGUGGCCCAGUGCACUCAAGUGAAGAAGGAAACUGAUGACAAGGAGGAGGUACAAAAGGACUAUGCUAAAGAGAGUAUCCAAGCUGAGCCUGCCUCACUCAACCAGGGCGAGAGAGAACCUCUCCUCAAAUCUGAAGCCUCUGUGGAGCCAAAAAAGGCAGAACCAUGUCCCUUGAAAGAAGAAGACAAAAUUAAAGAGGACAGUGGAAAAGAAAAAACAGUCCUCAAGGAAACAACAGCAGCUUCUCUUAGUAAUGGUUGUGCUGCCGCCAACCAUUCGUCUGACCUGCCUUGUGUCAACCCUCUCAGCGCGCUGCAGUCAGUGCUGAAUAACCACUUGGGCAAAGCCACUGAGCCUUUACAGCCUCAAUCCAGCUGCAGCCCCAGCUCUAGCACAAUUUCUAUGUUCCACAAAAGCAAUCUAAAUGUGAUGGAGAAGCCAGUUUUAUCUCCAGCUCCAACACCACCAAAGCCUGCAAGUGUAUCCAGGCACUAUUUAUUUGAAAACAAUGAUCAGCCUAUUGACCUGACCAAAUCCAAAGGCAAGAAAGCUGAGUCACCUCAAGCACAAUCUUGUACUUCUCCACCUCAAAAACAUGCUCUGUCCGACAUCGCUGACAUGGUCAAAGUUCUUCCCAAAGCUACUACACCAAAACCUGCGGCAUCUUCAAGGAUCCCAUCUAUGAAAUUGGAAAUAGAUGUCCGACGCUUUGAGGAUGUCUCAACAGAAGUCUCCACUCUGCAUAAAAGGAAGGGCAGACAGUCAAACUGGAAUCCUCAGCAUCUUCUCAUUUUGCAAGCUCAGUUUGCUUCCAGCCUCUUCCAGACAUCUGAAGGUAAAUAUUUAUUAUCAGACCUAGGCCCGCAAGAGCGCAUGCAGAUUUCCAAAUUUACUGGACUGUCAAUGACCACCAUCAGCCACUGGUUGGCAAAUGUCAAGUAUCAACUUAGGAAAACCGGAGGAACAAAGUUCUUGAAAAACAUGGACAAAGGACAUCCAGUCUUUUAUUGCAGUGACUGUGCAUCUCAGUUUCGAACCCCAUCUACUUACAUUAGCCACUUAGAAUCUCACCUAGGUUUCCAAAUGAAAGACAUGAACAGGCUGGCUGUGGAGCAGCAAACCAAGGUAGAGCAAGAAAUCUCCAGAGUUUCAGUUCAAAGGUCUCCUGAAACAAUAGCUGGAGAAGAGGACACUGACUCUAAGUUCAAAUGUAAGUUGUGCUGUCGGACAUUUGCGAGCAAACAUGCAGUAAAACUUCAUCUAAGCAAAACACACAGCAAGUCACCAGAACACCAUUCACAAUUUGUAGCAGAAGUGGAUGAAGAAUAACUCUUAAGGACGAAUGCCUUAGUUCCAGCUCUCCAGCCCAGGCUUCCCGCACCCUGCACGGCACUCCAAUCCUGACAUUGAACUCCCAGCAACCUGGCCCACGAAGACUGCCAAAAAAACUCCAGCUAUUCUUCUUCAUCCUCACUAACAAUUUGGUAAUGAAGUAUUGAUUUCCACUCCCCUGCUUAUGGACGAUAUUAGAUUUUCAUUGAUAAACUGCACUGGGGCUGUCUGGUCUCCACUGUCCCUUUUUGCUGUCACUAAAACAAAGUGCCACUGAAGUAAGAUAAUGACUGAGAACAUUGAUGUACUUAUUUUGUCAAUUUGUAACACUUGACAGGAAAAAAAAAUUCUUCAUAGUUUAAUGUCCAAGUGUGCUACACAAGAUGCAGUCACACUGGAAGCUUUACUUUUCAUGGUAAUGUCCAUUUCCUAUUUAUAACCCCUUUGGGAUAGUUUGUCUAAAGGAAAUGUUUCUAUUCUGUGCAGCUAUUACUGUUGCACCUGGGUUGCCCAAUCCAGUCAUUGCACUAGGGAUCAAUACAUCACAGUAAGUACAAGAAUUAUUAAGUUAAAACAGAUUCUGAGCCAAAAAACCUCUGAACAAUGUUAAUCUUCUGUGCAAGUUGUUCAAAUAGUUAUGCUUAACCAUGUUGCUGCCAAAGAUUUGUUUGAAAUGGAUUAUUUUCAGUUUGUUUUAUUCCUCAGAUAUAUAUAUAUUUAAGUCUCCAUUAUGGUUUACGAUGAGACAUAUGCAAUGGAGUGAUUUUUAAAACAAAAGUACUAUUAUUAGAUUAUUGAACAUUAUAUAAAUAUAGGUAUAUCUAUAUAUAAAUAUCACUAUAUAAAUAUCUAUAUAUAGAUAUAAAAGAACAAAAGUAGAAUUCCUUUCUCAGUUAGGUGGGUGUAAAUCUGAAGUUCUCUGUUAGAGUCGGUGGAGUUGCAUUGGAUUUAUGCCACCAGAAAAUGAGAUCAGAAUCUGGUCUUCAUGCUCUCCGGCCGACCUGGCACAGAUGGGCUGAGAAGCACAGCUGACUUCAAGUCAACCGAGACCUGGGGAGAAGGGGGCUACUAAGAUGGCAAUUUCAAAUUUGUGCUUGUAACUUUUUUCAUUAAAACUUUGAGGUCCCUGUUUUAAUUUGUGGAAUAUUCCCGUUAAUAAUGAGAUCUAAUUAAGACAUCCAUUAAAAGCCCGUUAAAGUUAAUUUAACGUAAAAAUUCCAAUAGAACUGUAUUAGAUUUUCUCCAUUAAAUUAACGUUAUGGAUUUUUAACGGAUGUCUUAAUUAUACAUUAUUAUUAACGGGAAUACUGUAUUACACAGAUUAAAAUCGGGUCCCGAGUCAACUCACAAAAUCUUCCAGGAUAUGCUAAUGUCACGAGUCUCAUGUUACCUAGUGCACUGCUUGGAAAAUCAGGCACAGCCCUUUUUGCUCUCGCUGAGCAUUUCCUUGCAGCGAAAGCAACCUCCAGUAGACAAACCCAUCUCUGUGUCCAGUGAUGAACUUCCCUUAUCCUCAAAGGAAAAAUAAGUCUGCAUCAGGUUGCAAAUCACUACUCCAUUGCAAAUGAAAUAUUCAAAGUAUGCUAGGCACAAGUUGAGAAGAGGAUCAUUCUCAAAUAAGAGAGAGCUUUGGGGUGUCUUUUACUCUUGUUUUUGUUUAGAUGUUGAAGGAUAUAAUUGCAGUGCAGCAUUCACGAAAUCAGACUAAACAUGUUUAUUGCAUUCCCUGUGGCUUGUGCAGAAGGACCUGUUUUGGCAUUGUUUGGGAAAUUUUGACAUGAUCCCUAAACUCAACAUGGAGGAGAAAAAAAAGGCCCUUCUUAUUUACCUCCUAGGGAAAGUGUUGCCCUUAUGCCACAUAUAAUAGCAAAUUGCUUUUUUUAUGGCAUGCAUAACCUAGAUGGGAAAAAAUAUGGCGCUUGAGGGAAGGAGGGAAAAAGUAAAUGAAGUUCCAGGAAUGUCAUUCUGAAGUAAUGAGGCAUGGACAGAAAAUAUACCCCUCACAUCAUCGGAUUGAGAUGGCAGUCGAAAUAGCUUCAUUGAAGUGUCAGCACUCAUCCAUCAAUCAAUCAUCCACAAGGAAAAAUAGCGACAGUACAACGGGGCGGCUUUUAUGGGAUUUACUCAUGGGCAUAGGGAAUAGCAGCUCAAAUGUAGUUCUGACAUGAAAAGCAAGGUGCUGAUAUUAUUUUUUAUGAUGGGAGGAUCAUAAAGUGAAUUGAGAACAGUGAGGUCUGUCUUUGCUUAACCUAUUCAACUGGAAAUGAAUGGAGCUCAACUGGAAACGAGCAGAGCCUUCAGAUGGGUUAAGAUUGAAGCCUGUGCCGUGCUGAGCACCAGCCAUUGACAACAAAAUUCUAUUAAAGCAAAAUCAAUGCAUUAGCACUGAGCUCCUCAGAAGCUGUUAAAUUGCACAGCCCAGUUCAGAGUUAUUAAGUGAAGUUGCACAAGGUGGGUCCUGUGCCCCAGACCCAAAGGCAGCAAGCACCACGGUAAAAUGCCUCCUGGGAUAAAUCAUGUGUGUAUCUAUCUCCAGCCCCACUCUUUUUUGGAUGCUCUAGGAAAAAAUAUUUGGCUUAUCGUGGCAUCCAAUGGGUGACGUUCCCACUGACUUCAGAUGACCCUGAUCCUGCACCCUGUGCGGGGCCAUCUGCUUUGGUAGAAACCCUCUGUGCAGUAUGCUUUGCUACGUCCGAGCCACACGGAUGCCAACAUCGGCUGCUGCUGGGAGUGAGGAGGACACUUCCCACAAAAGGGUGGCCCACAGCAUCCAAGAAUGGGGCUCUUUGGGGCACCAACUGCUCAAUUUUGGCAGAAAAGAGGCUUUCCUGGUGCCCCAAACCCAGUGAGCAGUGGGGUGGUGAUAGGAAACAUGGUCCCACCAUCACACAUCCCCAACUGUGCUGGCACCUGGGACUCCGCAGCUGAGGACUGGUGCACCCAAGGGAGGUUCAGCUGUCCCAGAGGCAUGUUCUGCUCAGGAAGCUUCACUCCAACACAGGCAAGUGUGGAAAUAGCUACUUCAUUUAAAAUCUGGCCACAAACCUUUAUUACACAGUGCUAAACCUUGAUUAUUUUGCCUGCAUCGCUGUCUUCUGGGAACAUUUUAGGUACAUAUUUGAAUUAAGUGACUUUUUUUUUUUACAAUAUGAUAUAAAAAAAGUAUGUCUCUCCUCUCUCCCUGCAUGAAACUGGAUGAGGUGAUAGUUUAUCUGUCAUAUAAAUCAGGUAACACAGAAAAUCAUUGCAUCUUUUCUCUGUCGUAUCUACUCAAUAUCUAUCUUUCUGACUUUUAUUCUUAUUGGAGAUCAUCAAAAACAUUAAUUAAAAGCCUGGUGAUCAAACAGCCAAAUAUUUAUGAUUCAAAUCCUUGCUUAUUAACAAGUGGCAUAUUGAUACACCACAUAUCCAAGCUCUUUAUGCUCUUGCACUGCAAUAAAGCAGUAAGAAGUGUUAUCCUUAUGCACUGCUUUGAGAGAUUUAUUCAGGAACCAUAGUUUCCUUCCCACCACCAUCCAUGUCAAACUAAACCAUAUCACCUUAACAAACAUGCUCUGUUUUAAAAGAGAGAGAUGUAAUUAGCAUCUCUUUGGAGCCUAAUACAUAAGAAUUUCAGUGAAUCACACUCAGGUGUUUUUUCCAGGAUCUUAUUAUUUAAGCUGAGAGGGAGAAGGACACUUACUUUUAAAAUUGGCUGUCAUUAGUACAGUAAUAAUUGUUGGUUUAAAAAAGCUCUCUGAGAAUCUACUAACAAACCUGUCCAGUGAUUACUUGUCAAUGCAACUUGUCAUGGGCUUUAUUGCCUACUUGUGAAAGUAUUUACACGACUGACCUCCCUAGCUUUUUCAGCGAUCAUGGAGGAUGGAAGGAGUCAUUUUAAAAAUCAAUAAUUAUGUAUUAACAUGAUAGGGGUUGAAGCCUUCCAAGCCAGUUUUACAGGCUAUUGAGUCAGCCCUAACACAUUCAGAUGGCAAGGACUGUUUCCUUCAAUUUUUGGUCUUUUUUUCUUUCCCUAAUUGUGUCCUGAUAAAAAGCCAGAUUUAUUGCCUAAUUAAUACCCACAGUUCAGUUCCUAAAGUAGAAAGGAAUGUUCUCCAUGGCUUUGCAAGGAAAGUGAGCUGCCCUUGGUUAGCAGGAAAGUACGAAAGGAACAGGUUUUGUGCAGGGCAGUUUCUGUGUGAGAGCUACCCAAGGGGACCAUUUCCUUUCUGUAGAAUUGCCCUCUGCUAAUUCCCAAUGUCCCAGUCCUGCCAUGAAGGUGCUGCUCUGGUUCAAGCACAGCUGCUCAGGUCAACCAGUUGCUUUGGUCUUGCUGUGAAUAUUGUCUUGCAACCAAACCUGCUAAGAAAACACAAGGGGAUGGAAGAUGGCAACCUCAUUUUGGCAGAGAUUUAUUCCCAAGAAAAAAACGACUCUGUUCAGUGUCGGAGGCCAGGCUGGGCUGAGGCCACUGUCCCCUCCCUGCUGCCAUCAUAGCUCUCAGGCUGGAGAAAGCGCCGUGGCUAAGUGGAGUUGGAUCUCGUCACACAGGGCUUUUGCCUUCACAAACAGAUAUACGAUGCAAUUUAUAUUUAAAAUUCUCUCUAUAAAGACAGUAUUGAUCACAGAUUCCAGAUCAAUAUGUUGCAAUUACAGCAGGCUUUAGAGGCCAUCUGUCCCCAAGCAAGAGCCCUGAUAUAACCACCUCUAUAUAUUUUGAAAAGCAUUACUGAUACGUGCCCAUCUUCUCACAGUACAGCCUAACAUAUUACUUUUGCUCCCAGGAUGUGUGUUUAGGAGCUACAUAGUUGUCAUUCCUGGCUAUUGGCCAUCCAAGAGGCCUCAGACCAGCUUUUUGUUCAGUUUCAAAGCCACAAUGGGGUCAGUGACAGUGUGGUUUUGCUGGCCUGAUUUUCCUGCUCUCCCUCACAAGUGAUCCCACAGGUUGCAACUUUCCUUUUUGCCAAACCUCUGUUCUCAGUUGGGAAUGACCAAUAAGAGGUUGCUGAAUUUCACUAAAACUAAAAACUUUUCAGUAAUGGUGGUGAAGAGUUGGAGCUGGACAUUGAGAGGUGUAGACUGAGCCUUUUGAUAUGUGACAUUAGACCACAGUGAAUAGAACAUUUGAAAGUUGUACCUGUAGAAUAAAUGACAUGCAUCUGAAGCUAUAUUUCAAUUCACGUUUCAUCAAGCUGAGGCCCUAAUUUUUCAGCACCUGGAGUCAAGAUAAGUCUCUCUGUUGAUGGCCCUGAUGAGCCAUUGUGUAGAAAUGCUUCCUGGAUUUUCUUUUUUCUUCUUAAUUAUUCCCUGCAGUGGUUGACUUCAUACAAGCACAUAGAAAUUAAGGAUUUUAUUCCCCAAUUGCCUGCUGAAGUGAAAGAAUACAAAAUAAAAACAAUGGGUUUAUGGUGAUAAUAAAAAGCCAACAUACCUUUGCAAGUGAACAUGCGCCAAGCAUAAAACCUGGGUGUGCAUCCCACACGCACUGUGCCGUGUUGUGCCAGCAUGUUCCUAAUCCUCCCUGCAGCCGCCUCCCUCCAACUUCAUUUCAGCCUUCAGCUUUAUACCAAUAUCUAAAACACAGAAGCCAGAUUCUGAAUGCAUUUAUUCCAGUGUAAAUCCAGAGCUACUCCUUUGAAUUCAGUAUAUUUACCCUCUGCCUACGUGACUCCAAACACUGUCCUUAUGCUCCUAACCGGGGAUUCCUACCAUGUUUAUAGAUGGUUGUGAAAACAUCUUCAGCAACCAGUCUCUAGCUCAGCACAGAUUAAAUCUAAGGCACAGGCUGCACUUCAGAAGUUUUAUAGUUAUGUCAGGGAAGUGAGUGCAAAACUUUGUUAUUGAUGUGACUAUGCUGGUGAAAGUCCUCAUGUAAAAACAGUUGUGUCUCUAUAAAGCACUUUAUACUGGUACAGCUUAUUUUGCUUUGCUAGACCACUUUUAUACCAGUGCAAGCACUUUUAUCCCAGUAUCCUUCAGUAGAUGAGGCUGAAGGUAACACUGGUGAUUCUUGCUCAAAAGUGUCUGUCCAAUAUUUUCUUUGAGAGCAUUUUUAAAAGUGAAAUAGCUGUACCACUGGAAUUAACUGCAGAGUAAUAAACUUCCAGUUCAUCAUCACUCUCAGCUCAUGAAAUGUCUUCAGGCCUUUGCAAAAAGCCCUGUUUGAGACAACAGAUUAAAUACUAAUCCUGGCAGAUCGAACAUCUCCACUUGAGCCCAAUACCAUCUAGCUGAGCAAACUUUUUCUUUUUUACUUUAUUUUUUUAUCUAAGUAAAGGCAACAAAUUCUUUCAUUAGAUGAGAUAACAGGAAAAAAAAAAUCAAUAUUUUAAAAAGAAAACAAAAAUAACAUCGUGCAAAAAUGCAGCUACACUAAAUGCAAGGAAUGCUUUUCCUUGAAAGCCACAUCCCCACAUGGGCAUCAGCCCAGGUGAGGGAUGCAUUUACAGUACUUAAACAUCCUUGCAAUUGUCUCAAAUGUGGAAGAUUUAUAUGGGCACUUACUAACUACUCAUGUAACAUUAAAACAAUACAUACCUGUAUAUAUCAAGGUAGAUUUGCAGUGAGAUACAGACCUUUUCUCCUAUACAUACUCACAUGCUUUUGCACACAUAAGGUAUAGUGUGCGGGUGUGUGUCUGCUCAUGAACAGGCAAUGAUGCUGGGGCUGAAGUAACAGCUGGGCACUGCUGGCACCAAGUGAGGCAGCAGAUAUCUUCAGGAUGUACAGCACAGUAUUUUGGCUUUAUAAUGCAGCAAAUGCUGGAAUGUGCAAUACAGGUUGCAAAAGCUGACAAGCUAAACAGUGCUUAUUUGGCUCAGGGUACUUCACUGUCAUAUGUCUCUGGUACAAUGUGCCCUUUUGUCUCUAGUGCUCAGGCACCACUUCUUAAUCCUUUUGUGUUUGGUUUUUUUUUCUGUACAUUUGUUCUGGUUUUUAUUAUGCUGAAUAUGUCAGCAGCAAUCAUGAGAGAUCCACCCCCAUUCUAAAUAACAAAGCAUAAGUGGCCAUAAUAGUAAAUCUGAUGGUUUUGCUCUGCCCCAGCGCUUGUGGUAUGUAGUAAGUUUGUUAUUGGCAGCAUCUUCAGGUUACAUCUGUGACCCAUGGUGUUAGGUCUAGAAUUUUGUUUAAAAAAUAAUAAUAAUAAUUUAAAAAAAAAAAGAAUCAAACACUCAUUUCUCUUAAAAAAAAAAUAAAUGUAUAUACUACAAAUCUCAACCCGGAAAGAUUAAACACAUUUUUUAUAUGAACAACGCGAAUGGGACUCCUUUCCGAGAGGACUCACAGUGACUUUAUCUGUAGAAUGUUUCAGUGCUUCUGCACUCAUUUUGUAACAAGUGCAUGCUGUAUAGAAUAUAUUGCCUGUAUACUUAGAGUGGAGGGGGGGCCAAGCUGCUUUUCAUUGUGUACUGCAGCUUGUUUGGAUGAAAAGUCGCGCCUUUGAUGCAUUUUUAUACUGUACAUAUUUGUAUAUAUUAACUCUAUUGCCAUGUUCUGAACACAGAUUUUGUUAUAUUUGCUUGUUUCGGUUUCCUACAAAAAUUGGUCCAUGACAGGAAAUACUCUCUUUUUUUUUAUAUAGAAAAUAUGCUUGUAAUUUCUGUUUGUUUGUUUUCUUGGUCAUCAUCUUUUAAUGGCUCAUAAAGGAAUUCGAGAUGAGUUUUCGGAGGAACUCUGAAAUGCAAGUCUGUGUUUGCAUGAGACCUGCCCAAUUGCUGGCUAUAAAGGGGGGCGGGGGGAAGAGGGGAAAUCUAAGUCAAGUUUUGCUUUUAAAGCAUGCUAGUCCCACGGGAAAACUCAUACAUGUACAAUUAUUCUCUUUGUAUUUUAUCUAAUAGUGCCUGAAUUAUUAUUAUUUUUUUUAAUAUCUUCUUGGAGGAACAAUUCAUAAUUGUCAAACUUUGAAACAUUAGCUUAAUUUUGUUUUCAUGACCUCUCAUUUCUCCUCCUUAUUUAUUUUGUUGCUGUUUAUAAUGGGCCCCAAGGCCAUUUCUGACAUUGCAGUGUUCUUCUUCCACAUUAAGGAUGUUUUUAAAAUUACUAAGAUUAUUGAGCCAACAGGCUGUUUUAAUCAAAACCAUGUUUCACUUGGGUUUGAUGAUUACGAAUGGUCCCUGCAAUGGCAGAACCCUUUCUGCUGGGAGGACCCUACCACCUAGUGGCCCCAAAGCAUCAGCACAGAGAUGCAUCUUCCCGAUAUUCCCUUGCUUUCUCAAAGGCAGGCUGGCAAUUUUGCUUCAAAUUAUUUGCUUAUUAUAACUAACUUAAACUAAACAAAUUGAUAAUGUUAAUGGCAUUUUUUCCCCCCUUUGGUUGAUUGCUAAAUAAAUUCGUAUAAUUUAUACUAGAGGAGAUUACUGCUUUUAUUGUUUUGGGUUCCCCCAAACCAAUUAUUAACAAUCAGGACUAUGUAUCUCAUUAAAUUUAAAUCAGGUCAAACCUGUUUAUCUAAGGCCUUUUCUGAUACAGGAAGACGACUGUAUUCCAGUGCAUUUAAGAUGUAUUUCUGUGUAUGAUUUUGCGGCAUUGAAAUCUACGAUUCUAUUCAUGGUGAUUUUUAUUUCUGUAUUUUUACCAUGGUAAAUAUAUUGUAAAAACAA